ACUUUACAUUUUUAGCUUUUUAGCUAUUUUAUUGGACUUUUUUAAAAUGUAAUUUCUUAUAUUUAUAUACAUUUUUGUUUUCUUUUUUAUUAGAUCUUUUAUUGGAAUUUUUACUUUAACUAGCUUUGUUAAUAUAAAUAUAUAUAUCAGGGCUCGAUGUUAUAAAUUGAUUAUUUAAACACUUAAAAAAAACUAAAUAGUAACCCAUGAAUUCACAUUAUUUUCCUGUGGUUCUGGUAUUUUGUCGAGGAGUUUCAAUAAAUUGUUUCAGUUAUUACCGCUGUUAUCAUUUAGUACACCUACACUGGGAAAAAGCACUGUUAAAUCAACUCAAAUAAUUAAAAGGUGUUUAAACUUAAAAAAGCCAAAGCCACCUUAAGGUCUUUUCCAGUUCAAUUUGUAAUGUGUGUGUGUGUGGUGAACCUAGGGUUUUUUGUGUGAAUUGAGGGUCCCAGGGGCCAGGGCAGUUGCAUGCUUUGCUCUCCAGGUAAAACAGCCUUGAAUGCUGCGCCGGCGGGAAAUGAACUGCAUGGAGUAGCUUCUAUUAACAUACUUACGUCCUCUGUGUGUUUAAAACUGGUAUCAUAGUUGGUCAAAUAUCAGCGAUCCUUAGCCUGAGCCUCACCCGUCACCUAUGUUUGAAGCUAACAUCAUUUUCGUGACACACUUUUGUUCUUUGGUUAGUGUCAUUUUUUUGAGAAUCAUUAUUUUUCAUAAUAAAAUCAUUAUGAUUAGUAGAUUCUGGGAGUCUAAUGUCUAUGUCCUUGAGCUUUCAUAAUGGAUAUUAGCACAAAGGUCAAUUAGUCUAUUCAUCUUUUGAAGUUUGGUAUGGUGUACAGGUUUCUUCAACAGCAAUGAUAUUGUAAAACUUUAUGAUUGGCUUAUCUAAUCUACAUUAAAUAAUGUUUGUUCACAUCAUGGUGUCACAGCAGUCACAGUGAAAGCCUUUCAGUAUUGAUCUGACCUUGGUUGUAAAUUCAUUAAACAUUAGCUUUAUAGCUGAGAUCAACUGUUUCCUCUGCAUGAAAAGUGAAGAGCCAGCUCAACCUAUUGUUUCUGAUAGUCAUGUGAAUGUACUGUAUCAGUAAAUGUUGGUCACUUUAUUUAUUUAUCCUAUUUGGGCUAUCAUUAAACACAAAAACUGCUGAGGUUGGUGGAAACAUCCUUAGUUGGCGUAUUUGGUCAUAAACAAAAUAAUUGCACAUAUUGAAAUGUUUAACUCACAGUGACGAUGCAAAGGAACCAAUUGUUGUGCCAGCCCAUAAAUUAGAUGCAGGGUUAUUAGUUUGGAUAACAAAACCAUUUUUGAGCUGAUGAUGGCUCAAGAUGAAUAGUCAGCGGGUCAAUACAAGUUGUUAGGAUUUAGACCUGUUAAAACUUAAAGUAAAUCCGUCCUAUCUUAAACAAAGGCAAAAUGGCCCAAAGAAUAUUUAGAUAGAAAAUGCUACGCCCAUGCAGCUGGUCCCCUUUAUUUGUCUGCUCCUGCCCUUGACACAUCCUUAAAUUCGCCACUGUCCAUGGUUAAUGCGUUAUCUUAUCAAAGGUUCCAUUGCUCUUAUCAAAAGAAACACUUCUCAGGUUGCACCUUUCACGACACCCAAGGACACCGUACAAUUUGUUAAAUAUUCAUAACAUGAUAAAAACACAAACAUACCAUCAUGGAGAAGACAAUUAAAGUGGACACAAAUGACAGGGACAGGUUAUUCAGGGGAAACAGAUGAUAGGGAGCGCUACAGUGAGUAGGCUGAUCUGAACAGGUGUGUUUUGAGGAGGAUCUUGAAUGUGGUGAUUGUGUGAAAAAUAAAACCAUAAAACCAUAAAUCCACUGGCCACCCCUUUACAUAGGCUGCUUAAAAGCAACCAUUUCCUCUCCUUGACUCAAACUGUUCUACAGCUGUAGAGAAAUGGUCUCUAAAACUAUUUCCAAUGUUCUAAAAGGCAUUCUGGUUCUUGUAGUUGUUGCCUCAUUGAUAGGUAACUGUGUCUUGAUAUGGCUCAACACCCGAAGGACUCCGAAGUGCCCUGCCCGACAGGUAAACCUAGGACAACCUGUGAUGCACGAUGAGCGUAGCGCCGUCUUCGCUGACCUCUCAGUGGAAGAGUUUCAUCAGGUGAGUGACUACAUGACCAAGAUCCCAGGGAUGAGCAUCUCAACUGACCCAUUGUCGCCUCCUUCAGUUGACUACCUCUACAUGAUCGAUCUCUCCCUGCCUAAAAAGCUGGAUGUUUUAAACCAUCUGGAUACUAACGGCCCAAAACCGGCAAGAGAGGCAACCGCUGUGGUUUUUCAUGGCAUGAACAACAACAUAAGUGAAUAUGUGGUGGGCCCGCUCCCCAACCCAACCUACCACUACGAUGUCACCUUGGAAAGAUAUGGAAGGGAGAUCCCUUUGACUGCUCGCCCGGUAAAUGCUGGGGAACACAUUCUGAUAAUAAAGUUUCUGCAACAUGUACUUAAACCAAUCAGUACUCUACUGUUAGACAGUUUUGGUAUAGACGCAUCUGCAAACCCUGCUUACUACCAAAACAUGCCCAGUGGAGUCAAGUCCGGUGACAGACAGACCUGGUUUUCCCUUUGUCGAAAUGAAGAGGGCUUCUUCAUCCACCCUGUAGGUUUUGAGAUAUUGUGCAACCACAAAAGCACUGAUAACAUGUCCUGGCUUGUGAUUAAGGUGCUUUAUAAUGGUCAGUACUUCGACAGCAUAUUGGAUCUGAAGAAGCAAUACGAGGCAGGAACUGUUCCUAAAAUCAGCUACAAAGCUGUGCCGAAUUACGCCUCGCUCAAACCCAGGAUCAAGCCCACGGGCGUUGGGCCCCAGCAGUUUUACGCCCAAGGAGAGCGAUUCAGUAUUAAGAAUAACCACAUCGUAUACCUUGACUGGAGCUUUGCCUUUGGUCUGAGCCCUCUACGAGGCAUGAGAGUUUUUGAUGUUCGUUUUAGAGGAGAGAGGAUCAUCUAUGAGCUAAGCGUUCAGGAGGCCAUGUCAGUUUAUGGGUCUGUCACCCCAAAUCUCAUGCUCACCAAGUACCUCGACGGCAGCUUGGGUAUUGGUCGGUGUGCCUAUGAGUUGGUCAGGGGGGUCGACUGCCCUUAUUCAGCCACCUUCAUAGACACAUUCCACUUGUUGGACACUGGUGUACCACGAAGACUCAGAAAUUCAAUCUGCGUCUUUGAGCAUGACAUGGGCCGUCCUCUGCGGAGGCACUUCUCUGAGAUUGUCUUCAACAGUUACGGAGGGCUGGCAAAUAGCGCGUUAGUGUUCAGGACCAUCACAGCUAUCGGAAACUAUGACUACAUGUGGGACUUCAUCUUCUACCAGAGCGGGUCAGUGGAGGCCAAGGUCCACGCCACCGGCUACAUCGCCUCUUCAUUCGCGUUGAAGGACAACUUUCCGUUUGGUCACCAAGUGGCCGAAAAUGUCACAGGAAAUAUCCACACCCAUUUUAUCAACUUCAAAGUGGACGUUGAUGUUUUAGGAGUGGAGAAUGUAUUCCAGACCAAGGACAUGGAGUUUGUGAAUGUCUCAAUGCCCUGGAUGCCUGAACGCUAUACCAUGAUCCCUAAGGUGGUGGAGAAGCAGCUUCAAACAGAGCAGGAGGCAGCUCUGCGUCAGGACACCAAGACUCCACGCUACCUCCACAUCGCCAGUAACAAGACCAACCGCUGGGGCCAACAGCGCUCCUACAGGCUGCAGGUGUUCAGUUACACAGGGGACCAUCUCCCCGAGAGCCAGGCCGAGGAGAGGGCCAUGUCCUGGGCCAGGUAUAAGGUGGCCAUCACAAAGCAGAAGGACUCGGAGCAGAGCUGCGGCAGUCUGUACAACCAGCAUGACAUCUGGAAUCCAGCUGUGGACUUCAGCAAGUACAUUGAAGACAACGAAAGCAUCGAAAACCAGGACCUAGUUGCCUGGGUGACCACCGGCUUCCUUCACAUCCCUCACGCCGAGGACAUCCCCAACACGGUAACCGUAGGCAACGGGGGCGGGGUCCUGCUGCGGCCCCACAACUACUUUGACGAGGACCCGUCCAUCCACUCUGCUGACUCGGUGUACCUGGCCCCGGGCAGCGAGGACAGCUGUGACAGCAACAGGAUGGCCUGCCUUGCUCAAGAGACCUGCAGCCCCGUCCUGGAACCCUUCACCUACCACGGCUUUAAAGUAGAGACGAGAGGGAAGAAUUAACAUGUGAUUCUUCCUUUGUUUUGGUGCUGUCUCUUUGAUCAUCAUUUUGUUUUUGGAAAAUUACGUCAUAAUAAUGUUGAUUAAUACAUUUGUAAUUAUAUUUCAACAUACACUUAAGUAAGGAUGAUGAUGGUGUAUAUAUGUGUGUGGCUCUAUGGAUUACAAUGACAGGUUGUAAAUAGAGUGGUGCAGUGAG